GUCAUCAACGAAUUUAGCGAUUCCAUGAACCUUUGACCAAAUUGAGGAAUUGGAGCUUACUUGAUAUCUACAAUUCUAUUCUGCUAGAAUUAUAGUGUUUGAUUUGCAAUUUAGUUUGCUUUAUGGAUCAAUGCGUUUGCUGAGAUUUUUAAAGACUUUGGCAGUGAAUUAGAAUCAAUACCUAUAAAAGCAAUGAGAAAAGAGGAUUCGAAGGCAGUAUUAAAAAAAAUUUCUAUAUAUUUUCUCUGUCCAGGUUGUAAUUCCUUGCCCAGCUGGCCUAUUACUCUUCCUUGUGGAGGAACUGUUUGUAGAGAUUGUUUUCGCGGAUUAUAUACGUACAGUGGUGAGAACGAUGUUAAUUCGCUUUCUCCUUCUAAAGCCUGUGUCUAUAAACAUGUACGGCCUCAUUAUUCUGUCGAAACGGAGACUAAAGAUGUUACCUUGGCAAAAGUGAUUGACUGGAUUCAGUCUACGCAGGAGAAACUUGGGCAAAUGCAGACAACUUCUUUGAAUAAUUCACUAUGCUCUGAUCAUAGAUUAGAGGCAGCGGAAUUUUAUGCAUCCAAGAAUGUGUCGUCGAAAACGGUAACAUCCGGUAUCAGCAUAGAAGAAGAAGCUAUGCAAGACUUCCCAACGAAUCGUUCUGAUCUUAGUUUACCAGACAUUCGAGAAAAUGAUACAAAGCUAAAUAUACAAGAGGCUUUGGCAAAAGAAUUGGAAUGCCAAAUUUGUUUUGGUAUGCUAUACGACCCAGUCGUGACCCCAUGUGGUCAUACAUUUUGUGGUCCCUGCUUGAUGCAAGCGCAGACUCAGUCUCCUCAAUGCCCUACUUGUCGCUCUUUACUCCCUUCUCCCGUGGUUUUGGAGCAUGCGAAAAGUCGUUGUAUACGUGCUUUUCUUCAAGAUUACUAUCCCAUUCAUUGGUUAGAAAGGCAAAAUAGUUGGGAAGAGGAAAAGGAGCAAGAAAGUUGGCUCCCUCUGUUUAUAUGUAUGGUUGCCUAUCCGCGUAUGCCUACGUUUCUUCAUAUUUUUGAGCUUCGCUAUCACAUCAUGAUAAAGAAAUGCUUAGAAUCAUCGAAACGGUUUUGUAUGGCAAUGCCUUUACGGCCUCAUAAUGAUGGACGCAAUGAGCAUCGUGAGUUAAGGAACGCUCGAGGUCAACGGCUCUUUUGUUCGGAAUAUGGAACUAUUCUUGAAAUCAUGCAAGUGGAACCCUUAAUUGAUGGCCGAAACUUAGUGGAGACUCGUGGCUCGUAUUCCGUACGCAUCAUCGAUUUCCGUGCCGAUGGUUUAUUUCCUAGAGUAAAAAUAGAGAAGCAUUUUGACACGCCUCUCCGAGCUACCCCUUUACAAUUUCCAGAACCAGAAUAUCUAUUGAUGUAUGGACACCUAAGCAAUGAAGAGCUGGUAAAUAGGGUUGAUGAUUUCUACAUGGAUGCAAGACGUACCUAUGUACACUGGGUAGUGCCUUUGAUAGAUAUAAAAGCCGAGGCAAGGAAUUCCAUUUCCGAUCUUUCAUAUAAAAUAACGAAUCUUCUUCCUAUCUCUGAAUUGGAAAAGACAAGAAUCCUUCAGGUUGACAACCCCACUGAUCGACUCGUUCUUGUGUUAAUCUGGCUAACACAGCUUCAGAAUAGUUGGUGGUAUCGAAUUGGAAGCGCUUGUACAAUUGCUUAGCGAUCAAAACUUCUGACUUUAUUUUUACUCUGCUUUUUUCUAUUACGCCUCGGUAAAUUUUUGGGACAUCUUUCACUUAGCAUUUUUCCUCGGUCUACUAUUGAGUAUGAAAAAUAAUUUGCUACUAAUACAGGUCAUUUUGUUUUAUUUUUUGUUUUUUUGUUCUUUUGAGCGGGCAACAAACAAGGUUGCCGUUGUCUUGACUUGAAUGACUAAUUCCUUUUUUUUUUUAAUUUCUCUAAAAUAAUGCAUUCAACCCAUACUAUUUAUUAUUCAUCUAUCUUAGCUGAUAGUUCGCCGUUUAUGUUUACGGUGAUGUUUCGUUAUUUUUGUUUGUUAGAAGAUUCCUGUAAGUACUGCUACGCCGUUAAUAAAUUUUUUUGAUAUUGGUUAAC